GGUGGCAGUGAUUGGCUUUACGGUCAUUAGUAAAUAAACCGGAUCCUCGUUUACGUGAUUGCGCAAGGAUGGCAGACACGGCGUCCCCUGAGGACACUGUUCCCGAGGAGGAGAAGGAGUUUCAGAGAAUUGUCGCCCUAAUCGGAGGUAAAGAGAAGAUUUUUCUGGUGGGUGACGCGUGUGAAAGCAAAGAGGUGGAAGGUGACAGCAACUCAACAUUGCAGGAGUUCAUCCGGGACAUGUUUCCUGGCAGUCUGACCGACAGAAACGGAUAUCCCGCGUCCUCCCUGUCAGGCAUCCACGUCGACAAUGCAGGUGGAAUUUGCAGCGACACAGAGACUCCUAAAGGCAAUGAUAUCCCUUUAACAACGAGGCCGAAUGAUAUGGAUUCAAAGGCCAGCCCCGGAAAGCAGGACACGGAGCAGCAGCGCGGUGGCAACGCUCAGAGAAAAGCAGCCAGGAGGCUGAAUAUUUACAGCAAAAAGCGAACUAUAGACUCUCCUCUCAUAAUAUUCAUCUUCAGACAGACAUUUCUCAGCAUACAUUCAAACGAACGGUGCCUAAAGGAGAUCUUAAAGGACGUGAAGGCGCGUACGAAACGUGCCAAAAUCGCCCGGCCAGCUCUGAUUGGAUUAAUACGCACCAGACAGGAAAGUGCUGAGACGCUUCAAUGUGCGCAAAUCCUGGAGUGUCUGAUCCGCUCUGUUUUCCACAAACAUUCACCAGAGACAGUGUGGGUCGGCUGUUUCAUCCCCGAGACAGACGCAAUGAUAAGCAGCAUCAAGAAAAACAUCUGCAGAGUGAUAGACUCAUCUCAAACAGCAGAUAAUACCAGGGAUAGAGGGAAGCCGCUUUUCUGGCCAUUACAAUGUUUGCUCUGGCCUCAGAGAGGAGGAGAAAGAAGCCAGCCCAUCAACUCUUCAAGCAGCAGGCGAAGAGGUGAAACUGGAAGUAUGGAAGAGUGUAUCCCUCUGAAAACUGGUUCUUCAUCUGGACCUACUGCGAAAGGGGAAUCAGCUGGAGAAGGCAGCUGAUAUGUGACCUCAUGACCAGAGACUGCAGGCAUAUCACUGCAAACAAACCUGUGAUAACUGUGAAGAGAAAAGCCUACUGUGCUACAGAGCCUUAUUAAAUAUUACAGUGUUCAUUCUUGGUGCUCCAUAUUUCCUACUCUGAACUGACAUGAUUUUUUUUUUGAAGGAAUAUGUUGCCUUUUGUUUGUCUGUUUCAAGUAACCUUUAACCUGUUGGAUAUAAAACUAUGUCACAUUACUUAACAUCAGCUUUUCUAUCUUUCAUCUAUUCCAUGUUGGACGGAGGCCUCGAUAUAUCCAUGUCAUUUUUGUACAGGUUGAUUCAUUGUGGACCCACUUGAAAGCUCACACCAAAAGCCUUAUCCAGCAUAGGGCUGGAGAACUUACUGUUCACACAACUCAAGAUUCCUAUAGCUGUGUCACCAGUUUUGUGCUAAUUUGACAAUCGACAACAGAUAAAUAUAGUUUUGUUGACUGAUUUGUUAAUCUGUUUCAGAAAUACCUACAUCUUUACAUCAAACUAUAGCACAAGGGCCUUAAGUGGGGAACAGUAAGGGCCCCAGGCUAAGGGCCCCAGCAUGUUAUUUUAUCUUGCCCAGAAGUUUUAUCCAGCCAUUUUCAAGUCUUGUAUAAUCUGCUUUCAUAUAUUGCAAUUAUAUGCCUUAGAACAGCGCUACCAAAAUAGCAUUAUCUGAUCUAAUAUUCACUUCUUGUGUAUUUAUGAGACCAGAGUCUACACAUUCAACAUGUAAAUAAACAAUUUAAAACCUUGA